GGAGGAGGCGGCGGCGAUGGCGAUGGACGGGGCAGCGGCUGCACAGGAGCUGGGUCCCGACCUAGACAAAAUGUUCAGCUGUUGAUUGGCAGCUUUCUUCCUGCAAACGGCUGCCAGUGUCUUCGUGCUGUAAAACCAGAAUUCCAUGACCUACACAUGCUUUGGUACUCUGCUUUCCAAAGGCAGUCAUGUGUUAGUUAUUUUCGACGAUUCAUCUUGUUCCAGAGGAGCUACUGCAUUGGUAUUCUGGAAUACAAGGUGCUCAAUGAAUCGGGAGCCCCCAUGAAUGAAACAGCCAGCUCUUGCCAGCAGAUGGCUAAAAACUGCACCACACAUGUAGCAGGGAUGGCACAAGAGGAGAGGGCUCAAGUGCCACCCCCUUUCUAUCAUGGUGCCAACCAAGAACUUGACUUGUCCACCAAAGUGUACAAAAGGGAGUCUGGAAGUCCAUACUCCAUAUUGGUGGACCCAAAAACAAAUAAGCCACAUCUCCAUGAAAGAGAGGAACAGCCAUAUUUCAGGGAGGACAGAACAGUAGGAGAGGUCCAAGCCGUGAAAGAAGACAGGGAGAACUCUGACGACUUGCAGGAGGAGGACGAGGAGGAAGAUGAAGUGACUUACAAAAGGGAGCAGAUAAUAGUAGAGGUAAACCUUAACAACCAAACAUUAAAUGUAUCAAAAGGGGAGAAGGGGGUCCCCUCCCAGUCCAAAGAAACUGCUGUUCUUAAGACCAGCAGUGAGGAAGAGGAGGGUGACAGUGGGGAGGAAGAGGCCACUGAAGACAGUAAUGAUGAGGAGGAAAAUGAGAGGCAGAAGAAAAAAGAGCAAAGAGAGGAGAAAGAUAGUGUUGCACAAAGGAGAACAAGGAGAGCUGCAUCUGCUGCAGCCGCCACAACUUCCCCUACUUCCAGAACUACAAGGGGCCGUAGAAAGAGCGUUGAGCCUCCCAAGCGUAAGAAGAAAGCUGCAAAGGAGCCCAAGGCACCUGUGCAGAAGUCAAAGUGUGAAGAAAAGGAGACUUUGACCUGUGAGAAGUGUCCCAGGGUGUUUAACACGCGCUGGUAUCUGGAGAAGCACAUGAACGUCACUCAUAGGCGCAUGCAGAUCUGCGACAAGUGCGGGAAGAAAUUUGUUCUAGAAAGUGAGCUCUCCCUUCACCAGCAAACAGACUGUGAAAAAAAUAUUCAGUGUGUUACCUGUAAUAAAUCAUUCAAGAAGCUGUGGUCCCUCCAUGAGCAUAUCAAGAUUGUCCAUGGAUAUGCAGAGAAAAAAUUCUCCUGUGAGAUAUGUGAAAAGAAGUUCUACACCAUGGCUCACGUGCGAAAGCACAUGGUUGCACAUACAAAGGACAUGCCAUUUACAUGUGAAACCUGUGGAAAAUCCUUCAAACGCAGUAUGUCAUUGAAGGUUCAUUCCCUGCAGCAUUCUGGAGAGAAGCCUUUCCGAUGUGAGAACUGUGAUGAAAGGUUUCAGUACAAAUAUCAGCUUCGUUCCCAUAUGAGCAUACACAUUGGACACAAGCAGUUUAUGUGCCAGUGGUGUGGUAAAGACUUUAACAUGAAACAGUACUUUGAUGAGCACAUGAAAACCCACACUGGAGAGAAGCCUUUUAUCUGUGAAAUCUGUGGCAAAAGCUUCACCAGUCGCCCCAACAUGAAGAGACACCGCAGAACUCACACAGGGGAGAAGCCAUACCCUUGCGACGUGUGUGGCCAGCGAUUCCGCUUUUCCAACAUGCUUAAGGCACACAAGGAGAAGUGCUUCCGUGUUACCAGUCCUGUUAAUGUGCCACCUGCUGCCCAGAUACCACUUGCCACAACCUCUCCUGCCCCCACUGUACCUUCUGUUGUGAACACAGUAAAUGCCCCAGCCCCGACUCCACCAAUCAAUAUGAACCCAGUGAGCACGCUUCCUCCCCGCCCUAUUGGCCAUCCAUAUUCUCACCUGCAUCUCCAUCCACACCAUCCACAUCACCUGCCUGUUCCUGUCCCCCCUGUCCCACAUUUACCUCCACCUCCUGCUCUGUUUAAGAGUGAGCCUUUAAAUCAUAGGGGCCAAGGUGAGGACAGUUUUCUGCGACACCUAGCAGAAAAGAACAGUUCAAUACAGCACCACUAACUCUUUCGUCUUCUGUCAGCCAUUCUCUUGGUCUUGUGAACUUGGACAUGUGCUCCCCCCAAGAAAUCUUGUGGUUUCAUUUGCAGCCAUAAGUGAAAGAACUUCACAUUAAAUUUGGCUGUUUGGGAAAGUGGUCAUCAAACCCAAGGGGAACUGAUAAGACAGAAGCCCAGUUUGGCUUGCACGUUUUACUGUUGACUUUUAUAGAUUUCAAAAUGACUGACAGUUGUGGAUUUUUUUAUAAUUUCAUAUCAGCUGAUGAGGUAUGCUUGCUUUUAUAUCCUGGACUUUCUCCUCAAAGAGGGGAUAGUCCUGGUUUCCUUUGUACUAAUCAGAAAGACUGUGAGACUAAAUCCCAGAGCAUUAAUUAUCACUGUGUAUCAUUAAUUUCUUUUCCGCUUUGUGUGUGUGUGCGUGUGUGGGUAUGGGUGGGUGGAUGGGUGUGCUGGUUGUGGAGUGAGCCAGCCACAUGAUCGCAGAAUAUCAAGCAUUAUAGCAAAAAGACAGUAAACAAAACUUAAUCUCAUUUGAGUAGUUCUCCUAACACACUCUUUAUUUUAAUACAGAAAAAUUAUUUUAGAGUUUUUGUAUAGACCUAUUUAGUAGCCUGUUUCUAAAAUGAAAUGUAUUUCGAAUAAGCGGUGUAAUUUUUUUCAGUGUAGCUGGACCUAUGUUGUUACAAUAGAUAAUUUUUAUAAUCAUUCAAAUGUGAUUCUUUGAGAAAAAAGAUGCAAAUAUCUUCUAUGGUAAAAAUUAUUCUUACAUCUGUACUACUCUAAAAAGGUGCUUUGAAGGGGAAAGAAAAGAACCCAAGAAGUCUCUGGUCAGGCUGCCUCAAAAGUGGAGAUGAUUUCAGAAUUUUUUUUAUAACUUAUUCAAAAGGGGUUUCUUAAUAGGACCAUCAUCUUCUGUCAGUGUCAUGGGGGGAUUAGAUAAAGACAUUAAAUUACUGUAUUCCCACAAAUGUUUUCCACUCAGCUCUGCUGGACUGAGGUGUGAAAUGUUUUAGAAUGAGUUUAGUCUAAUGAGGGAGAGAUUUGGAAGCUGCAAGGGAGAGUUUUAACCAUCAUUGGCAUUUUCAGAUGAGUGUGCUAUCAUUUCUUCGACAUACAUUAGAACCUAGUUCAUUAUAUAGAAGUGUGUAUAAGAUGUGGCUUAAUUUGGGAAUCAUAUUUGAUGCUGCUUGUUUUUUCUUUAGUUAAUUGAGCGAUAAGUGGGAGCCACGAAUAACAUACUGUUUGGCUGGAGUUGUAAAAUACUAAAAAUAAAACAGGAUUUGGGGGAUUUGAUGGGAAAACAGUUGUCAUGGUGGCUGAAAAAUGUUUACCGCAGAGUAUGUGCACAGAUUGAAGCUGUGUCCUGUAUAGAUAAUGAAUAUAAUAUAGGAUAACUUCUUUCAGAUUUGACUUUAGGUUUCACAAGAAAACAGAAAAGAAAUGUUUGAAAGUUAAGCGAGUUUCUAGUUGUGUUUUCUCCAUCUCCAGUUGCAUAAAUUGUGGCGAACUAGUUAGAAUGCAGAACAUUAUGGGUCUUAUUCAGAUGUAGUUAAUGGCCAUUGAAAUACAGCACCAUUAAGCAGCUGGAAUAGCUGUUGGCACCUUGAGGAGAAGGCACAGAGAUAUCCACUCAAUUAAGGAGUUUAAUUUUCCCUAAACUUAAUUUCACCACCUAAAGACCAUCAUGCUGAUCUCUAGAAUGGCAUUCUCUUUUUAAAAAAUUAGACUUUAUACGUAAUUCAGGGAUGGAUAUUAUAUCAGAGAAAAUGGAAAACCCUCACCAUUGUACUUUUGAGAUUGCUGAUUUUGUUUCAACCAUUGAUUAACUUUGAUUUUGCAUUAAAAAAUAGUAUUAGGCCUUUUUGAUACCUAUUCAUAUUUGAAUGAAAAUCUCUUAACCCCACUCUUUUUUUCUGAAAAAAGUAUUUUAAAGAUGUUGUAAUAACAUUUAUUUGUUCCUUCUCUUUUGUAGGUAGUAAAUCUAGCUAUAAAAGUGAAUCAUUAAUAUUUAAAGGUUCGCAAUCGUCUACUACACUGAUGGUUUUAUACAUUCCAUGUCAUGUUUGCAAAUCCACAAUUCUGUGUAGAUAUGCUUCAGGCCACCAAUCUGGCCUGUUAAAUCUACUUUUAUAAAUUUAAAGGAUAAGACACACACACAAAAACACCUUGGUAAAUCAGUUGUAAUUCAAUUUUGCAAAAAAUUGUUUUCUCAAUAAAUUUACAGUAUUUGGCUGCUAUUUAUGAAUCCUA